AUGGGUAAAAAAAAGUGGGCUAUUAUCGGCGAUUCUUACUCCGCCGGUAUUGGCUCCAGCUUGCCGUACCCCAAUAGCUUAACCACCUGUGCCCGUUAUAACCAGUCGUACCUAGCCUAUAUACAGUCCUACGAACUUAUACCCGAGUCCGCGGCCUUUAAGUUUCUCGCCUGCUCCGGCGCCACCGCCCCCGAGAUCCUCGCCAACCAGGUCUCCGCGCUGGGCACCGGCUACGACAUCAUCACCGUCAGCGCUGGCGGCAACGAUGUCAGCCUGACCAGCAUCCUCAACGCCUGCAUCUUCCAGUGGAAUCCCUUUGCCAAUUGUCCCGACGAGAUGCAGGCUACGCUGAACCUCAUCCGGGAUACUCUGCCGGGCACCCUAGACAAGCUGUACGCGGGCCUCAAGAAUAAGAUCAACCCGGGCCGCAAGAUCUAUGUCACGGGCUACGCGAACUUCUUCGACAACACCACGACUGCAUGCGACGAUGUCAGCUGGUGUUUCUGGUUCAACAGCGCCAACAAGCAGAAGCUUACUACCGAGCGUAGGACGCUGAUGAACGAGCUCACUACCGCUGUUAACAACGUCAUCGAGGCCGCCGUCAGAAGAGCCGGUGCUUCGUUCGAGUUUGUCAACUAUGACCAGUACUUCUCUGUGCUUCAGGGCCGUUUCUGCGAAGGUGCCACCAAGGAGCCCAACGGAAACCGCGAUGGUCUCUUUUUUGAGUGGUCCAGCAAGAACGACGAUACCACACUCGCGAGACGUGAAGCCGAGCCCGAGGUCGUAUCCUUCAACAACGAACAGAUGCUUCCUCGUGCGACCCCCACGAUUGGCGAAAUUGGCGACUCCUAUCUAGAGAUCCACAGCAGCAAGCUGGGCCUAUUGUCCAUCCUCUCUAAGCGCGCAGGACAGAUUUGGAGCUCCUUCCCGCACAGACAAACUACCAAGUCUAACACAAAGACACCCGUCCUGGAAGUUCGUCAGAGCACGGCUGCAUCACCGUCAAUGGAGCAGUACAUCGCCGACCAAAUCACAGAAGCGCGUAAACUCAACUCCAGCCUUGUCAUCUCCCUCGCCGACAACAGCGCGGCUGACCCGGCUUUCAGGGGUCGCAACAACCUUAAAGUCUCCGACUUUAUCGGAGACGAGAUCAAGAGAGUGUUCCACCCGCGUCCCGGCGGCCACGCCGUCAUUGCCAAUCUCGUCAUGUGGCGUCUGGCCGAGGACAACGCCGGAACUGUCGGCGACAAGGAGUUUGGUGCGACGGAGGCUGUGGGCUGUGCUGUUCCUAUGCCGAGCACGCCGUCUAUGCCUGAGACAAUCCCCGGCAUGCUGCCGAACUGUCAGGCGCCUGCGCUCAAGUGCUUGAACUGCUUGGGUGGUGCGAGUGGUCUUGGUGUGUUUGUUUGCAAUUUCCAGCACCACUCUGAUUGCAAUGCUUGUGGUGGCGGUGAUGGACGCCCGUGCUAGACUUAUCGUGGGGGUUGCGGGGAUGAUACCGAGGUCGUAGGGGUGCGAUAAGAGAUAUGGCCAGUGAACUUGAGCCUUUCUUUCUUCUUGUUGGUGCAAAGAUAUCACUUAGUCUAUAG